CAGUCAGCCUAUUGUUUACCGUCAUGCAGCUAAAACUGUAAUGUGACUCCUGUCUGGGUCCACCUCAACUUUUUUUUUUUUUUUUUAUAUAUAUAUAUAUUUUGGCCAAACCGGUUUGCCUCCUUCAUUUGCUCGGCGAGAAGGGAAAAGGAAGUGAAGGGCUGAGCUGGCCAAGUUCAACAACUGGUUCGUGUUGUUUUGCUCACCAUGAACAUGUUCAGAAGAGACAACGGGUCUCCGGCCCAGAGUCCUGUGGUUCCACCAAGACCCACUAAAGAGGAGCUGGACAACGCCGUCAGACACAGCCACAAAACGCAGGAUCCUGAAUCAAAUGCAGCCCUAAAGCAAAAGACGGGAGUGAUGGGAGUUGUGCAGAAGGUCAAUCCCUUCAGCUCAACGUCAAAGGCGACCUCUUCGUCUUCGAAUGUCAGCCAAACUUCUUCCUCUGAAUCGUUAGAACAGGCAACAGACUCCACAAAGGUGCCUAAAGCUCCGUCCUCGGACUCACUGGAACAAGAAAAGAGCCCAAACUCGUCUCAGAGUCCUGGUAUGUUCAAAGGAGCCAUACAGAAAGUAAAUCCCUUCAAGUCUUCAGCACAGCAGCCCAAAAACGAUUCUCAAGGUGACCCUGCAAACACACAGGAGCCUGACAAAGACCUUCAAGACAAACGGAAUCCAGGGGUGAUGUCAAGCAUGAUUCAGAAAGUCAACCCAUUCAAAUCCUCCCAGCCAAAGGAUACUCGGUCUCUGCACAGUGACGCCUCCUCUUCCUCUGGAAGCCUAAUGGACAACAGCAAUGUACCAGAGAAGCAGAAUCCCGGGAUGUUUAAAGGGAUGAUGCAGAAAGUAAACCCCUUCAAGUCACGCACACAGGUGACAGAUGACGCUUGUGAGACUGACUCAUCUGUUCCUUGUAAUGUGACUGAGGUCGAGCGAGCUAUAAGCAGUGAGAACUCCAGCAGCUCUGAAAGUCUGGAUGACAGCACUAUAGAGAGACAUACUAUUUGGUACACAGACGCUGAAACCACGCCUGAGGUGAGAAACCAGCCAACAGAGAGGACUAAGGAGGACGUUGAAGUUCAAACACUACAGCUGGCCGAAGUACCAGUACCUGGUGAAGGAACACAACUGGACCCUCUGGACGAUGAGGAAGGCCUUCUUUCAUGGUGGAAAACUGUUGGAGGAUGGGAUGAAUGGAACGAAGCGAACCAGAAUGAUGACGCUGAAGAAGUGGUGGAACAAGCCGCCGAUCGAGUCUUCAUGGCCGUGCGUCUUUUUGUUCGCUUCUUCAACCAGCGCGGCGCCUCCCUCCAGCAGCGCAUCCUGGAGCUCCUCUCCUUGGCCGACUUGGCGGACAACUUCCACAAGAAGACGGUGACGGCCAGUGUGGGCGGCGGGGUGGCCAGCGUCGCCGGGUCGAUCACCACCAUCACCGGGCUCAUUCUGGCGCCCUUCACGGCGGGUACAUCACUCAUCGUCACAGCGGUGGGCAUCGGCAUCGCCACGGCGGGCGGCGUCACCUCUGCCUCGGCCAACAUCACGGACACGUUGCAUUCAAAGACCGACCGCAAGAAGGUGGAGAAGAUGAUCCAAGAUUACCAGGAUGAAAUUAAGGACAUCAAGGACUGCUUGGAGUUCUUGCAGGAAGGGAUGGAGAUGCUCGAGGAGUGGAACUUUGAGAAGUAUGCCGAGAACAUCUCAAAGAAGCACCUGAACCAGAACGUCAAACACGUAAUGAAGGAAGGCGGUCGGGCUGGGAAGGCUUUAGUCAUCAACACGGAGAGCCUGAUCAGCACCGUCCAGGUUCUGAGCGUCGCCGGCGGCGCUGCUAAAGCUGCGCAGGUGAUGAGCGUCACCACGGGAGUCAUGUCGGGCCUCUUCCUGGCCCUGGACGUGUUCUUCCUGGCGAAGGACUCCAUGGAGCUGAAAAAGGGCGCCAAGACGGAGUUCGCCGCCAAGAUCCGAGAGGUGUGUAAGGACCUGCAGGACGGGUUGCUGGAGCUGAACCGAAUCAAAGAAGAGCUGCAAAAAACUAUGGACGGGAUAGAGGUGGAGGUUGAAGAGGAGAGGGAGGAUGAGGAGAUGUUGAAGUCUGACCUGAAGAAGCUUAUUGAACUUGAAGAUUGAGGGAUGGUGGCUACGCGUUUAAAAUGAAGUAUCCCGGUUUUAACAAGACAAAGAAACUAAAAUGGGGCAGCAGCUUUGGUAGUUUUUUUUUUUUUCUAAUCCUUACUCAACAGAGUAAUGUUACUUUUUCUAAAAUAUUUCCUUAGAUUCUUUUAAAUAUACUUGACUAAAAUAUUUUAUUGUAAUUAUUCCAAAUGUGUGCCUUUUCAUCUUUUAAUAAAAGUGGUUUAUUUACAUUUUA